ACGCGCAAGCGGCCGCGGGCGCCGGCAGGGGCGGCGGGAGCACCAUGCGGAUCGGCGCCCAGCGCCCUGCAGACCCCUCGCGAGGCAGAGAGGCCGGGGCGGCGCCGGGGCGGCGGGGAGCAUGAGGGCGGCCGAGGACCGGCUGGGUUCGGAGCUCUGCUAGGGAGCGGCGUGCGCUGAGCACUAGCCGGGACGCGGCGGAGGGCGGGAGCCGAGCGCCCGGGGCUGUGGGCAUUUUGGACGCGGACGCAAGGGGCCCGGAGCCAGCCGCGGCUCCGGCACGCAGCCGACAUGGGCAACGCGGGGAGCAUGGACUCGCAGCAGACCGAUUUCAGGGCGCACAACGUGCCAUUGAAGCUGCCGAUGCCCGAGCCAGGUGAACUGGAGGAGCGCUUUGCCAUCGUGCUGAAUGCUAUGAACCUACCUCCUGACAAAGCCAGGCUACUGCGGCAGUAUGACAAUGAGAAAAAAUGGGAGCUGAUCUGUGAUCAGGAACGAUUCCAGGUGAAGAACCCUCCCCAUACAUACAUACAGAAGCUCAAAGGCUACCUGGAUCCAGCUGUAACCAGGAAGAAAUUCAGAAGGCGUGUUCAAGAAUCUACACAAGUGCUAAGAGAACUGGAAAUUUCAUUAAGAACCAACCAUAUUGGAUGGGUCAGAGAGUUUUUGAAUGAAGAAAACAGAGGCCUUGAUGUUCUUGUGGAGUAUCUGUCCUUUGCACAGUAUGCAGUCACUUUUGACUUUGAAAGUGUGGAAAGUACCGUGGAGAGUACGGUGGACAAAUCAAAGCCCUGGAGCAGGUCCAUCGAGGACCUGCACAGAGGGAACAACCUGCCCUCACCUGUGGGCAACAGUGUGUCCCGCUCUGGAAGACAUUCUGCACUUCGAUAUAAUACUUUGCCAAGCAGAAGAACCCUGAAAAAUUCAAGAUUAGUGAGUAAGAAAGAUGAUGUUCAUGUUUGUAUCAUGUGCUUACGAGCCAUCAUGAACUACCAGUAUGGUUUCAACAUGGUCAUGUCUCAUCCACACGCCGUCAAUGAGAUUGCACUAAGUCUGAACAACAAGAAUCCCAGAACAAAAGCUCUUGUCUUGGAGCUGUUGGCAGCCGUUUGUCUUGUCAGAGGCGGGCAUGAAAUAAUUUUAUCAGCUUUUGAUAACUUCAAGGAGGUCUGUGGAGAAAAGCAGCGUUUUGAGAAGCUGAUGGAACAUUUCAGGAAUGAAGAUAACAACAUAGAUUUUAUGGUGGCCUCUAUGCAGUUUAUCAAUAUUGUAGUCCACUCGGUAGAAGACAUGAACUUCCGAGUUCAUCUCCAAUAUGAAUUUACCAAAUUAGGCCUGGAUGAAUACUUGGAUAAGCUGAAACACACAGAGAGUGACAAGCUGCAAGUACAGAUUCAGGCUUACCUAGACAACGUGUUCGAUGUGGGGGCUCUGUUGGAAGAUGCAGAAACCAAGAAUGCUGCCCUGGAGCGUGUGGAGGAACUGGAAGAAAACAUCUCUCAUUUGUCUGAAAAGCUGCAGGACACGGAGAAUGAAGCCAUGUCCAAGAUUGUGGAACUGGAAAAGCAACUCAUGCAGAGGAAUAAGGAACUGGAUGUCGUCCGGGAAAUCUACAAAGAUGCAAAUACUCAAGUUCACACGUUAAGAAAAAUGGUCAAAGAAAAGGAAGAAGCCAUUCAAAGACAGUCUACCCUGGAAAAAAAGAUUCACGAACUGGAGAAACAAGGGACCAUUAAAAUUCAGAAGAAGGGAGAUGGAGACAUUGCCAUACUGCCAGUCAUGGCCUCUGGUACAUUGUCUACUGGGUCAGAACUAGCAGUGGGUAACUACGCGGGACCAGUUCCAGGGGCUACCUCCUCAGGACCCUUAGUCCCUCCUCCCCCACCACUACCUCCGUCAUCAGACACACCUGAAGCAGCGCAAAAUGGACUGGCAUCACCACCUAUGUCCCCGCCUCCUCCGCCACCCCCUCCUCCCCCUCCCCCGCCCCCUCCACCCCCUCCUCUCCCAGGUCCUACAGCUGAGACUGUGCCAGCUCCUCCUCUGCCACCGCCCCCACCUCCCUCUGCACCCCCACUUCCUGGGACUUCUUCACCUACAGUAGUUUUCAACUCAGGAUUAGCAGCUGUGAAAAUUAAGAAGCCAAUCAAGACGAAGUUCCGAAUGCCAGUGUUUAACUGGGUUGCCCUGAAGCCCAACCAGAUCAACGGCACAGUCUUCAAUGAGAUCGAUGAUGAGCGGAUCUUAGAGGAUUUAAAUGUGGAUGAAUUCGAGGAAAUAUUCAAAACAAAAGCCCAGGGUCCUGCCAUUGAUCUUUCUUCAAGCAAGCAGAAAAUAUCACAGAAGGGAUCAAAUAAAGUGACAUUAUUAGAAGCAAAUCGAGCCAAAAAUCUUGCCAUAACUUUAAGGAAAGCUGGAAAGUCUGCUGAUGAGAUAUGUAAAGCUAUCCACGUGUUCGACUUGAAGACACUACCGGUUGACUUUGUUGAAUGUUUGAUGAGGUUCUUGCCAACUGAGAAUGAGGUCAAAGUGCUCCGGCUCUACGAGCGAGAGAGGAAGCCCUUGGAGAACCUGUCAGAUGAGGACCGCUUCAUGAUGCAGUUCAGUAAGAUUGAGCGGCUCAUGCAGAAGAUGACCAUCAUGGCCUUCAUUGGGAACUUCACAGAGAGCAUUCAGAUGCUGACUCCGCAACUUCAUGCAAUUAUAGCAGCAUCUGUCUCUAUCAAGUCAUCUCAAAAGCUCAAGAAAAUUCUGGAGAUCAUCUUGGCCCUUGGAAACUACAUGAAUAGCAGCAAACGAGGAGCAGUCUAUGGAUUUAAACUUCAGAGUUUAGAUCUGCUCUUAGAUACGAAGUCGACAGACCGAAAGCAAACGCUGUUGCACUAUAUAUCAAAUGUGGUAAAAGAAAAAUAUCAACAAGUUACUCUGUUUUAUAAUGAGCUUCAUUAUGUGGAAAAAGCUGCAGCAGUCUCCCUUGAAAAUGUUCUGCUGGAUGUCAAGGAGCUGCAGAGGGGAAUGGAUUUAACCAAGAGAGAGUAUACCAUGCAUGACCACAACACACUGCUGAAAGAGUUCAUCCUUCACAAUGAGGGCAAGCUGAAGAAACUGCAGGAUGAUGCUAAGAUUGCUCAGGAUGCCUUUGAUGAUGUGGUGAAGUAUUUCGGUGAAAAUCCCAAGACAACUCCACCCUCAGUGUUCUUCCCUGUCUUUGUUCGAUUUGUGAAAGCCUACAAGCAAGCAGAAGAGGAAAAUGAGCUGAGGAAAAAGCAGGAACAAGCUCUUAUGGAAAAACUGUUAGAGCAAGAAGCCUUGAUGGAGCAGCAGGAUCCAAAGUCUCCUUCCCAUAAAUCAAAGAGGCAGCAGCAAGAGUUAAUUGCGGAAUUAAGAAGGCGACAAGUUAAAGAUAACAGACAUGUGUACGAGGGAAAAGAUGGCGCCAUUGAAGACAUUAUCACAGAUCUUAGAAAUCAACCUUACAGACGAGCCGAUGCGGUGAGACGAAGUGUGAGGCGGCGCUUCGAUGAUCAGAACUUGCGUUCUGUUAAUGGUGCCGAAAUAACAAUGUGACCUGAGACCGCCUUCAUGAGAGGGUAUCCAUGAAACUGCCAUUCCAGCCUUCAAUACAGAUCAAAUACUCUCAAGGGCUCAGAUUUAGCAAACACAUAGGAAUUUAAAAAUGAUGGAUUCUCCUUUUAACCCCUGUUAACAAGUGCCUAAAAUUGGAAGUAACUUGCUCAGAUUAAUCAAAGCAAUAGGAUUUGACUUAAAUCUUUUUACAUCAGUAUGUUACUCAGUUUUUUAACCAAAAUGUAAAUUUCAUAGGAAAUUCAUUAUUUGCCAUUGUGAUUGUCUCACAUAGCCCAGCCUGGUUUCCUGGUAAUCUGUAAAUAACAGGGCUGUAUAUGUUAUGGACAUCCUUUGCUGAGAGGUCUAAGAAAUUGUGUGUUCGAGCCAUAUUCACCAACUUCUAACAAGGGACUGGAAACAGGGGAGAUGGAAGCUGGCACACAAUUACCAAUUAAUUUCUAUCAUUAAGUCCCAGCAAAGUACAAACAGGAUGCAACUGCAGUACCACUCCAAGUCACUCAGUUCCAUCCUAUUUCACAUUGUUUCUGUGUAAGGGUGCCAUGCACAAAGGCAUUCACUUGUAUGACUGCAAGAUGGCAUAAAACAUUGAAGACUUAUUUCUUAAGCUAGAGGCAGCUUUUAAUAAUGCAAAUGUUUAUUAAUUAGCACUAAAAUGAAUAAUGUCUCAGUAUUCUGAUUUUUGAGGACCAGUAUGGGUGAAUCCUUAAAAUAGAAAUUGGUGCCUUGUUAGUCAGGGAGAUUUUACAACAAGCUCUAUCAGUAAGCAUUCAAAAUUACAAGUGUAAUGUUGGGAACCUGGCCUUAUUCUCUUCUGACAAUCGAAGGGUCCUAUUUUUUUUCCUUUGUAAACUAUACUGAUACAGCUGACAUUAAGUUAUCAGGGCUGAAUUGCUUUGUGUAUUUCUCACUUAUGGGAAAUUCCAAUUCAAUUAACACUGAGAUUAAGUUUAAAUUAUGUGAUAGGGUUAAAUGGUGAACUAAGUCACUUACCUUCCUCACUGGCAAGGCAUUUCCAUCCAUUCCAAAGUCAAAGACUGGACUGAAGCAAAAUCUGUACUUUUCAUAAUACAUAUUCUGCUUCUUCUGGCUUACCUUGUUGGUACAUCAGUAUAUUAAUGUAAAAAUUAUUGUAUAGUAUUUAACCACCAAAUCUGUGUUCAUGUGAACCCCUUGGUGAAGGUCCCCUUUUUCAUGGAUGUGUAGUUAUAUGAUCUUUAAAAUGUACAGAUAUUUUGCUAUAAGAUUGGUGCAGUUUUUUAUGGUUUUUACACUUCUCUUUAAUUCCUAAGCCUCUAGAUAAUACUGUAAAUAUUGUUUUAAAAUGCAUCAGCCUAUGCUACACAAUCUGAAUGUUACUUUAACUUAAAGUUUGUUUUUUAAAAUAU